AUGGCUCUCGCUCUUCCCAUGCAUAACAUUCCCAUGGAUGAACCUGCCCCAUCCGAGGUCUUCGACUUUGAAGGCACCACGCUUUACAACUGGGUUCUCUCCGAGACCGAGCAUGCCCACAUUGCCAACAUGCUGGAGAUGGAUCCCAGCGAGCUCACGCUCAAAGGCUCCAACUUCCUCCAGGACCGCUCCCAGUGCGCCGGCUGCGGCAAGCACUCGGGCAUGGACGACUUUGUCCACAACGCUCUCUAUGCUGGCAUCCACUCAGUCGACUUCAUGAAGGACUUCCUCCUUGGCAAGACCAAGCAGGCAACCCCGUUCACCGAGCACGAAGUCGUCUGCUCCCGCUGCAGCACCAAGCAUAAGGAGGCCAGGUCCUGGUUGGCCUACCCUCCCUGGCCUAGAUACUAA